CCUCGACUCUCCUCCUCUCUUCACCUUCCUCUCUGGGAGAGCUCCGAGCAGAGACGAUCAUGGCGCCUCCUCCUCCUCGUCGCACGGGGGUUGCGAAGCGGCGUAUGAGGAGCAAGGACGCGGCGGAGAGAUCAGCCUACUUCGCUCGGAGGGAGGCGGCGGCGGUGCUCCGCCGCGUGCUCCGCGGGGACGCGCGGCGACGCGCCACCGCUUCAAUCAAGUCGCUCGUCUAUUCCCCCUCCGUUCGCAACAAAAAGGCCACACUAGCGCUCGUUUGCCAAACCCUAAAGUAUCUCCCGCUUCUUAAGGAUGCUUUAAGAGAAUCUGAUAUACUGAGCAACAAGUGGAAGAAACAGGAGGAAUUAAUAUAUGUAACUGCUUAUGAUAUUCUGUUCGGGCAGGAUAUUGCAAUUUCUGGCUCUGUUGAAAAGUUUCUUAUGCUCCAUAAAGGCUCUCUUCAGUCAUCUUUAGCACAACUUUGCACCGCAAGGAAAGUCAAGUGUGUUGCAGAUUUACUCCUGGAUAAGCAUUCGCCUGAUUUAGGCAAACCUCGAUAUGUGCGCAUUAACACACUGAAAAUUGAUACUGAGUCUGUUAUACAAGAAUUUGGAAAAAUAACAAUGGUCAGAAAAGAUGACAUGGUUCCCGACAUGUUGGUUCUCCCAGCAGGGAUUGAUUUGCAUGACCAUCCUUUGGUUGUCAAUGGUAGCGUAUUUUUGCAGGUAAGCUGCUUGAAUAUAAUUCCACUGUUUUUUGGUUUCUCUUAUCCAUUAUUUGCUCUCUUUGUUUUCUAUUGCCUUCUCAAGAAAUCUGCUUCAGAUUAUGGCUAG